UCCACCACCAUCAGGAGCCACAGCAGCAGCCGCCGGGGCUUCAGUGCCGGCUCAGCCAGGCUCCCUGGGGUCAGCCGCUCUGGCUUCAGCAGCGUCUCCGUGUCCCGCUCCAGGGGCAGUGGUGGCCUGGGUGGCGCGUGUGGAGGAGCUGGCUUUGGCAGCCGCAGUCUCUAUAGCCUUGGGGGCUCCAAGAGGAUCUCCAUUGGAGGGGGCAGCUGUGCCAUCAGUGGCGGCUAUGGCAGCAGAGCUGGAGGCAGCUAUGGCUUCGGUGGUGCCGGGAGUGGAUUUGGUUUUGGUGGUGGAGCUGGCAUUGGCUUUGGUCUGGGUGGUGGGGCCGGCCUUGCUGGUGGCUUUGGGGGCCCCGGCUUCCCCGUGUGCCCCCCUGGAGGCAUCCAAGAGGUCACCGUCAACCAGAGUCUCCUGACACCUCUCAACCUACAAAUCGACCCCACCAUCCAGCGGGUGCGGACUGAGGAGCGCGAACAGAUCAAGACCCUCAACAACAAGUUCGCCUCCUUCAUCGACAAGGUGCGGUUCCUGGAGCAGCAGAACAAGGUUCUGGAAACCAAGUGGACCCUGCUGCAGGAGCAGGGCCCCAAGUCCGUGAGGCAGAGCCUGGAGCCGUUGUUCGAACAGUACAUCAACAACCUCAGGAGGCAGCUGGACAGCAUCGUCGGGGAACGCGGCCGCCUGGACUCGGAGCUCAGAGGCAUGCAGGACCUGGUGGAGGACUUCAAGAACAAAUAUGAAGAUGAAAUCAACAAGCGCACAGCAGCAGAGAAUGACUUUGUGACUCUGAAGAAGGACGUGGAUGCUGCCUACAUGAACAAGGUUGAACUGCAAGCCAAGGCAGACACCCUCACAGACGAGAUCAACUUCCUGAGAGCCUUGUAUGAGGCAGAGCUGUCCCAGAUGCAGACCCACGUCUCAGACACGUCCGUGGUGCUGUCCAUGGACAACAAUCGCAACCUGGACCUGGACAGCAUCAUCGCCGAGGUCAAGGCCCAAUACGAGGAGAUCGCUCAGAGGAGCCGGGCUGAGGCUGAGUCCUGGUACCAGACCAAGUACGAGGAGCUGCAGGUGACAGCGGGCAGGCACGGGGACGACCUGCGCAACACCAAGCAGGAGAUUUCUGAGAUCAACCGCAUGAUCCAGAGGCUGAGAUCCGAGAUCGACCACGUCAAGAAGCAGUGCGCCAACCUGCAGGCUGCCAUUGCUGAUGCUGAGCAGCGUGGGGAGAUGGCACUCAAGGAUGCCAAGAACAAGCUGGAGGGGCUGGAGGACGCCCUGCAGAAGGCCAAGCAGGACAUGGCCCGGCUGCUGAAGGAAUACCAGGAGCUGAUGAACGUCAAGCUGGCCCUGGACGUGGAGAUCGCCACCUACCGCAAGCUGCUGGAGGGCGAGGAGUGCAGGCUGAAUGGCGAAGGCGUUGGACAGGUCAACAUCUCCGUGACACAGUCCACCGUCUCCAGCGGCUAUGGCGGCGCCAGCGGUGUCGGGGGUGGCUUAGGCCUGGGCGGAGGCAGCAGCUACUCCUAUGGCAGUGGUCUUGGCGUUGGAGGCGGCUUCAGUUCCAGCAGCGGCAGAGUCAUUGGGGGUGGCCUCAGCUCCGUUGGAGGCGGCAGUUCCACCAUCAAGUACACCACCAGCUCCUCCUCCAGCAGGAAGAGCUACAAGCACUGAAGUGCUGCCGCCAGCUCUCGGUCCCGCAGUCCUCAGGCCCCUCUCUGGCUGCAGAGCCCUCUCCUCAGGUUGCUUGUCCUCUCCUGGCCUCCAGUCUCCCCUGCUCUCCCAGG